AUGAGUAACUAUGGCUCCUUUGGGAGCUUCGAGCUCAACUCCAUCGUCCGAGGAGCGCAGCUCACCCUCGUCGGUGCCAACAGAGCACUGCAGAAUCCAGGAUUGUUCUCGUCAGAACACUACAAACAGGCAGCAUUGGCAGUAGCAGCGGGCAUUGCAAUCAGACUGCUUGUCGCUAUACCAACCCUCGGCAUCCGCGUCCUCCUCCGCUCCCUAGGCCUCUUCACCGACCUCUCCGGCUCAACAUGGGACGAAGACAUCGUCCAAGGCAUCGAGUUCAUCGAACACUCCGUCCUCCAGGUCCCCUUCUUCCUCAUGUCCUUCAUGCGAUACCUCAGUCCCGCCAUGGACCAGAUGUUCAUGAACUCCCUGCAGUGGGUGGAUCAGACAUAUCUUCAGAAACACAAGAGCGAGGACCCGUCUGGCCUGAGAGCGAUGUACUACCCGAACCUACGACUCUACAGUGAGCAUGCGAAGACGGCGCAGAAGAAGGAGCCGAAGGAGGCUAUGACGGCGUUCUUUAUGAGGUUUGGGAAGAAGGCGGUGUUGAGUUUGGGGAUCUACCUCCUGUCCUUCAUACCGUAUGUUGGAAGGUUUGUGCUGCCGGCAGCAUCUUUCUACACCUUCAACAAGGCGGUCGGUCUGCAGCCUGCUGUGCUCAUCUUUGGGAGUUCGCUGUUCUUACCGAAGCGGUAUCUGGUUAUGUUCCUCCAGAGCUAUUUCUCAAGCAGAAGCUUGAUGCGUGAGCUGCUCGAGCCGUACUUUUCACGCAUCCGAUACACCUCGGAGCAGAAACGAAAGUGGUUCCACGACCGCGAAGGCGUCCUCUACGGUUUCGCCCUCGCUUUCUUCGUCUUCCUCAAAAUACCUCUCCUCGGCGUCCUCAUCUACGGUGUGGCAGAAGCCUCAACUGCCUAUCUCAUCACGAAGAUCACCGAGCCACCUCCAGCACCAGCAGAAGCAGAGGAGUUCAAGAAGAUGGACGUCAAGUGGGAGAACAAACACGAGUUCUUAUCCUUGCCAUUAGACGCACUGGACAAGUUCAAUACGACUGCAAAGGGCAAGCAAGUACGGCCAGACACCACUGGCAACUUGGGCAAGCAGUUCACCUAG